AUGAUUAUCGUCAACUGGCGGUGGUGGGAUUCACUGGUGACUUUUGCCCUGUACAGCCUCAUCUUCCUCUUCCUCUACUCUGCCGGCUUCGUCUUCCUCAUGAUCAAUCUCUACGCCUACGCCCAAGACGGUCUCAGCCCACGCAUGCCACCUGUCCACCCCACACCCUGGGACCAGGCGAUCUACCACUACAGCAAGAAGGACUACCGGCUGGCCGAGCAGUUCUUCUCCCAGGUGCCGCCGUCGGACGAGCGCUACAGCCUGGCGCUGCGCUACAUCGGGUACAACAUCUACCUGCGCCACCUCAACAAGCCCCUGCUGGCCAUCCCCUACGUCAACCGCUCGUGGCUGGCGGACCCGUUCGACCUCACGUCGUGGAUCGACCUGUGCACGGCCUACCAUCGGGUGCUGAGGUCCGCCUUCCACGAGAUCGGCAAGCAGAUGUAUCUCCUCUGCUCCAACUGCGCUCUAGAAAGCGAGACGACGACUUGA